AAGAAAGUUAUCUGAGCAAACUGAGUUAUAAUUUUUUAUUUUUAUAUGUAACAUAGACAAACUUAAGCCUAAAAUAAAUAAAAAAAGGGUUUUCAUUACAAGUCCUGGUACUACAGUACCUUGGGACCAGAAAAACAGGAAUGUUGUAUUUCAACAUGUAGCUCUCAUAUUAGAUGUUAGAUGUCAAAUUUUCAGCGGUGUACGUAAGUAAUGCAUUAAUUAAUUAAUUUAUAUUAAUUAAUCAUUAUUAUUAUUAUUUGUGGCUUUAGUUUAGGCUUUGGGGAGGAGUUCUGGGGAGGGGGUCUCCCCUCCCCAGAUAAUUUAUUUGUUUCUGAAUUAGAAUUUGGUAUUUAAAGUCGGGGAGGGGGGUCUAAACUGAAGAAGAAAUUUACAAACCAAAUUUUACAUGCAAAAUAGCGAAUUUCGACCGAAUUUCAAACUUAACGCAGGCCGGACACAUCAAAGAAGACGACAACGGACGUAGCACUCCUUUCUAUACACACAUAAUUUUAAGUACCCUAUAUAAACUAUAUUACAGAUGUUGACGUGGUUAGUACAAACUAGACUGGCUGUUGUGCUUCUACUAAGUAGUACUAAUAUUAAUAGAGUACUACCUAAAAGCGGUCCACCUUAUAAUUUAUAAUAAUAAUAAUAAUAGUAGGGUUAAAAUGAAGUUACAGUUAAGUCUAAGUAAGUUUAGUAAGACUAAGUAAAGUAAGUGUCGUUCGUAGUAAGUUGCUCAGCUAAAUUUUCUUAUGACACUUAUGUCCAAGUUAAGUCUAAGAAAAUUAAUAGUAAUGUUUGUAGGCAUAUGCCUACGCCUACUCAAGCCCUACUCGGUGUUUAUCAUUAGGCUAGUUGGCUAGUUUUUAAUUAAAUAAUAAUUUAAUGUAAAUAAAAGAAUAUGUAUUCAUUAUGAUUAUGACACUUAUGUCAAGUUAUGUUAUGUAGCCCUGUGUGCACUGUGGCUGACAGUUUUAAUUUUAAUAUUGUGAAAAUCACUGAUCAGGUCUUGAGGACUAUAGACUAUUAUAGUUAUAACUUUAUUUGGUUCUUUUAACAAAGCCAAAGAAAAAUAUGAAGAAAAAGGAAAACAUCUGAAAAGUUCAGAAAAGAAACAAAUAGUACAGGUUAACAAUUGUCAAUGUCCUGACUAACUAACACUAACAUUGAAUUACACAGCUAACAAUAAACAUGUUACAUGACAUAACUAAUAACUCUGUAAUUACAGAUUGUGACAAAAUAUACUUUACUAAGAAUAGAAAUAGAUUGGCAAUUAAAAUUAUAUUAUUUUAGUAAUGUUUCAUUAUAAAAGAAAUCACGUAGCAGUGUUUAACUUGUAGCAUGUAUACCAUACUACACCAUCUUACAUUCAGAUUCAAUGCGAGAUCAGAUGUGAGGGCUACCCUAAACUUGUAUCAAUCAACUGCUGUAUCUUUUUAAGACAAAUUGCAGAAUGUCUAAUUAUAUUAAUACAGCUGGUAAUAUUAGCCUAACACAUGCACCAUUUUCUAUAUGAGAAUUUUGCGCAUGGCAGGACAGUUUGUCUUCAACACAUAUUUUACAUAUAUUAGCUGGUAAAAUACUGUUGUAUCAAUAGAUUUUAAGCACAUUGCUGUAUAUGUAACCAGAACAAUAUAAUUGUAUAAUGGUAUGUUGACAUACCACUGGUAACUAAUUCCAUUUAAGAAUUAUGUGGAUGUUAUGUUCACAUACCCACUGGUAACUAAUUCCAUUUAAGAAUUAUGUGGAUUGCUGUAUGUUCAACCAUCACAAUAUCAUGGUUACAAGUAAGAUUGAUGGAAAAGUGAUUAAAACACUGCCUAAUAUAAGUCAUGAACAGAAAUCUUCCAUUACUAACACCUAAAAAUUGCAUUCAAUAAACACAGAAAUAUAAAAGCGUUUUUGCUUAUACUGACAAAGCGUCCAAAUGGCCUGGUGAACAAUGGCACACUUUGGGAAUGUGAUUAAAACUUUAAAUAAAAAACUCAUUAGCGCGUGCCCUGUAAAUUAGAAUGUGCUAACAGGCUAGAGCUCGUGCUGAGAUACUGAUCUUCCAUCGAGCGCCUCCCCAGGUGGCGGAUAGGGGAAAGCCCACCAGAUAUGGAGGGUACCAGGGAAAUAAAAUACCUGGGGCGGACCAAAAUCAGAACCUACUGCCUUAUAGGAAGUGGAGGGAACCACAAAGGCUAGGGAACCUUACCCAAAAACUAAGGCAGCUAUCCAGAGAGCUGUAAGGGGCAACCCCCCAGACGGUUGUGCGCAGGGUUAACAACCCGGCCACAUAAAAAAACCAACGUUACGAAAGCCAAGCAACUGAACAAAACCCGGACUGAUACCAAUGGAAAUCGACCUAUGCAUGGAUAUGGACAUGAUUUUUGGAUUGCGACUUGGAAUGUACUAAGCCUGUUUAGAGCAGGAGCCUUAGCCAACCUUGUAAAUCAGCUCGUCAAAUAUAAAAUAUCUAUUGCUGCAUUGCAAGAAAUUCGAUGGAAAAAUUCAGACAUCCUCAAGACAAAAGAAUACACCAUAUUUUAUAGUGGUAGCAACACCAACACACUAGGAACAGGAUUUGCAGUGAAAAAAGAAGCGAUCAGUGCAGUCAUAGGCUUCAAACCAGAGAACGAAAGAUUGUGUUCUUUGCGUGUGCGAGGAAAAAUGUUCAAUAUAACAUUGAUAAAUGUACAUGCUCCAACGGAAGACACGGAAGAUCAGGAUAAAGAAUCCUUCUAUGAAACACUGGAAAAGAUCUACGAAGAGGCACCACGACAUGAUAUUAAAAUAGUGAUUGGAGACUUCAAUGCCAAAAUAGGAAAAGAAAAGGUGUUCAUGCCAACUAUUGGCAAGGAAAGUCUGCACGAAGAAUCCAAUGACAAUGGGAUCCGACUCAUAGACUUCGCGGUAGGAAAAGGGAUGUCAGUUAGCAGCACCAAGUUUCCGCACAAAAAUAUACAUAAAGCUACGUGGAACUCACCAGAUGGAAUCACCCGCAAUCAAAUCGAUCACGUUUUAAUAGAUCGAAGACAUGGAUCAGAUAUAUUAGAUGUUAGAAGCCUUAGAGGAGCAGAUGCGGACUCGGACCAUCUACUUGUAAGGGUGAAAUAUAGGCAGAGGAUAAGCUUAGUUCACAAUGGUCGUAAUCAAAGAGAGAAACGAUACGAUUACCAAAAGCUGCCCAAAGACCCAUUAACUGCAAAAGCUUACCAGAAUGAAGUAGAAGCACAAUUAGAAGCAUCGCACGAGGAAAUAAACGGGGAAAACAACAUAAAUGAUCAGUGGGAUAGGAUAAAAAAUGCCAUUAAAAGAUCAGCAGAAAAAGUAGUGGGAUUUCAGCAAGCCAACAAUAGAGUAGGCUGGUACGACAAUGAAUGCAGAGAGACUGUGGAAGAAAGAAACAAAGCACGAAUGAUCAUGUUACAAAGGGAAACCAGAAAGACAAUACAAGCAUACAAGGAAGCCAGAAGGAAAGCAACAAAAAUGUGUAGGAAGAAAAAGAGGGAAUGGGAAAAGGAUAAACUAAAGGAAAUAGAAGAUUUAUCAAGAGAGGGAAAUAUAACAGGAAUGUACAUGAAGAUAAAAGAUGAAAAGAAUGGAUACCAAGCCAGACCGCAAAUGUUUGAGAGCCACAAUGGAGAAUUAAUCACGGAAAAUAGUGAAGUAUUGGAGAGGUGGGCUGAAUAUUUUGAGGACAUACUGAAUGCAGACAAUAGACAAGAAGAAGAUUAUCAACCCCCACAGGGAGGACCAGACCCGUUUAUACAAUGCCCAACCAUAGAAGAAACCAAAGAGGUAAUUAAUUACAUGAAAAAUCACAAAGCCCCCGGACAAGACCUUAUCACAGCAGAACUGAUUAAAUAUGGAGGAAAAGAACUACACAAUCAGAUACAUAAACUUAUAACUAAAAUUUGUCAAGAGGAGAAAAUCCCGACAGAAUGGGAAACAGCAUUAAUAACCCCAAUACACAAGAAAGGCUCCAAACUUCAGUGCACAAACUACAGAGGAAUCUCCCUAUUAAAUGUUGCAUACAAAAUACUGACGAAACUUAUUGCCAAAAGACUACAACCUUACACUGAAGAAAUACUAGGUGAUUACCAAUGUGGAUUCAGGCCUAACAGAUCAACGACUGAUCAGAUUUUCACCAUCAGAUGCCUGUUAGAGAAAUGCUAUGAAUUUAAUAUACCAGUACAUCAACUCUAUGUCGACUAUAAAAUGGCCUAUGACAGCAUCAAAAGAAACUAUUUAUAUGAGACUCUGCAGGAGUUUGGGAUACCCAACAAACUGACAAGGCUAAUGUAACACUGAACAACUCAAAAAGCAAAAUCAAGAUUCAAGGAGAAUAUUCAAGGGAAUUUCAUAUUAGACGAGGCCUAAGACAAGGAGACUCACUGUCUUGUAUGCUCUUUAACCUAACAUUGGAGAGAGUUAUUAGAAACAUACACAUUGACACUCGAGGAACGAUAACAGGAUACUUUCUGAGGGAAACUCAAGACCCACAAUCAACGGGCACACUCUACAACCAACCACUUCAGUAUCUUGCAUAUGCUGAUGACAUAGCACUUCUAGGGAAAAGUAUAAAAGACAUAUCAAAAUCCUUUAUUGAAUUAGAAGACGCAUCUUUACAAGCAGGGCAGGCAUACUUCAGUAGUCAGAAAAUACUCAAAAGUAAAAACAUUACAAGAGAAACAAAGAAAACUAUUUAUAAAACUGUGAUCAGACCAGUUGUAACAUAUGCAAGUGAAACUUGGACCCUAACAAAAACAGCAGAAAAUCUAUUAAACACAUGGGAGAGGAAAGUUCUCAAGAAAAUAUAUGGGCCAACAAAGGAUGAAUAUGGAUGGAGAAUAUGAACCAACCAGGAAUUAUACAGUCUAUAUCAGGAUCCUACGAUAGUGGCAGAAAUAAAAAGAGGCAGGCUACGCUGGGCAGGACACCUAGAGAGAAUGCCAAAUGACAGAGGAACGAAGAGGGUACAUCACCAAUACCCCAGAGGAAAAAGGCUCAAAGGCAGACCUAGGCUUAGGUGGAUAGAUGAUGUAGAAAAAGAUCUACAGCAGCUGAAAGACCAAGCAUGGAAAAGAAAGGCAUUAGUUAGGUCUGAGUGGAAGGAAGUAGUGAGGCAGGCCAAAGCCCUACAUGGGCUGUAGCGCCACAGGGAUGGGUAACAGGCUAGAGGCCAUGCACGUGACACAUCGACCAAGAGGGUCUAUAACUUGCCCCCUGGCAGAUUUCCUGUGGUAGAAUGACAAUCCCUAGAGACUCCAACCCGAAUGAAAGUCAAAAUCCUGGACUAAAACCCUGAAGACUUUGUUCACAUUUCGUCUCCACUAUCUAAGAUACACUUUUAUAUUUAUAUAAGUUAAAUGCUUUUUGAGAUAUUUUAAAUAGAGGGAGUUGGGACCAACACACCCCCCCCCCUUCCCGCACACGGAUGAAUGUGAAAACUUCUUUAAUUACUUAAUAUUACAGUACCCUCUAACCAUGUAGACUUAUAAAUAUACUAAGGUAUUGCGAAUAAAAUCCCCUUUCCAACUAGAUAUACUUCAUAGAAUAAACACUAGGGUUCCAGUGAAAUAAAUGAUUGAACUUAUACCAAAAGCUCACAUAGCGGUUCCCACAAUAUUAAGUAUUCUAAGCAAUGGAGGAGAAGCUGUUCAUGACGCAUGUUGUAAUAGCCUAACCCUGAGGUCAAAUUCCACUACAGUGUUGAGCACUGACACUGUUUUGUAAAAGCGUGGCCUACAAUGCCAUACUUAAGGCAUAGAACAUGAUAGGCUUAAAAUUUCAAAUGAAUAAUAGUGUAUUGUGUAUAGAUCAUGCUUAUAUAGUCUAAACCAGCAGCAUCGUUUCUCAACUUUUUUCUUUACUUUGGAGCCAUCUUUGACAUCCAUCAUCUAGAUAUUAAAUUUCAUUGUUUAUGUUUGUGAAUGUUUCAUUGAUGAUUGGUUGUAUUCAAUUCAAUGUUUUCAAUUUUAAACAACGGUCACCAUAAUUAUUACUGAGCAAGUCAGUACUGUGGAGAACUAGUGCGCAUGCAUAUAUCUGAGGUCCAAAAUGGGCUCAAAUUUAAGUACAGGAGGACUUUAAAUUCAAGCAUAUUUCAGUGACAUUGACAGUCCUGAUUAAUUAUGUUGAAAAAGAAGUAGCAGUAGACUGGAGUCUGUGAAUUAGGAGUACCUGAAGGGGGAAGGAACAAACAGUUUACCAAGAAAAAUAAUCUUUGUAAAUUUUCUAUGGCAGAGGUUCCAAAACUUGUUGGAGUCACAGCGCCCUUACUUCAUUCAGGUUUUCCCAAUGUACCCGAUGUCAAAUUCUAACAAGUGUACAUCUGAAAACUGCCCAGUCAUUAAUUUUUUAAUUAAUUUUAAAAAUAUGUUGUUGUUUUUUUCCCCAAUAAUUAUUUUUUGUGGAUUAGAAGGCAAUUGAAGCAGCAAAUAUUUCUCAACAAUGAUAGUGAUUUGAUUUUAAAAGGGAGGCAGAGGUUUGAGAUGUAAUAUUUUGAGUGAGAGGGGCUAAAUUUUUGUGACAUAGGGGGAAGGGGUAAAUAAUCAUCAAAAAUAUUGUGAUGUCAUGUAUGUCCCCUUGUAUCACACUUUAUCAUUUUUUACCCCCAUGGCCCCUUCAGAGUCAUAAUAAACAAUUGCUCGUUUUAUAUCCUUUAUAUUAACUUCGCAUUUGUUGGUGGCUGCCAAAAAUCUUUGGACAACUAAUUGACCCACUUCCUGUCAACCUAUCGAGCUGAAACUUUGCACAUAGUCGGUGACACACAUUCUAUCAAAUUUUCAGCCCUAACUCCAAAAAAUCAGUUUUUCCUGUUUUUCAAUGGGAAGAUGAAAAAAAUAUGAUGACACUGAUUUCACAAAAUAAAAUUCCUAACUGCGCUAAAUGAAAUUCUUAAACACAAAAUAUUGCUUUCAUCUUCCAAAUUUCUUUCAUCUUCUUUAUGCAAAGAUGACCAAGGUUAUAUUCAAUGGUGAGUCUGCACGUGGCUAGCCAGUCCUAUAAUGUGCCUAGAAAAUCUUGCCCCACAUAUAACACACAUGUUUUAGGGUCCUUGUUGGAUUGGAGUCGGUUCUGCUUUUCGUUGCACUUCGUUCUCCAUUUAUAACUUCCUUCUCCAUUUAGGUGAACAGAGGGGAUAGCUUAGACAUCUAGAGUUAAUUGACAUUUUCAUGAAAAUUUUGAUCACAUUGGUCCGAAUGGAUGUGGUGGAGCAGGCCAGGGCCCUACAUGGGUUGUAGUGCCACUGAUGAUAAAACUUCAAAGAUUUUAUUUCUUAAUAUUACUUAGAUUUACUUGUAUGAGUAGCACUUUAUUGUAUCCAAAAGCUGGUAUGUCUAUUAAUGUGUUAAAAACUUAUGCAGAGUACUGUUAAUUGACAUAAUGGACUAUUCGACCUAUUCCCAAAUAGUGCUUAUUAAUCAGUGCAGCCCUAGUGAUCUUUGCUUAUCAAUGUGCCUACUGUAGUAAGUGUAAGUGUAAUCCAUAGCCUUAUCUUGUUUUAUAUCAAAAGUUUCAACAUAUUGUCCCAAAAUUAUUUAUGACUGUGCAUGAUGUCUUUUUUAAGCAAUAUGGCAUUUUUUAUCUUAUAACAUAAAUUGUCUCAGAAGAAAUAACUAGUAAUAACUAGUUGAAUGUAUGUCUAUUCACAAAUAUGUCUAAAUUCUCUAUAGUCACAUUAUUAUAUGUUAAAGUCAGGAUUAAAAUUUUAAAAAAAAUUGUAUUACAGUUCUUUAAAUAAAUAUUAUAAUGAACUUAUGUAUUGUUCUUUUGCAACCGUUAUAAAUGUACCUAUUUGCCAUUUCAUUAAAGCCGCAAAAAGUGAUGCUCUGGCUCUGACUUCUAGCAGUCAGCAAGCUAUGCUAUAUUACUUUAUAACUAUGUACCUAUAAUUAGAAUAAUAUCCUUUUGAUUGAAAUUGCUCAGCAGUCAUCAUGGUUGUCCUAUCAUAAGAUUUUUACAUUGAAAAUUCGCCUUAAACUGUCAAGCCUCUUCCUUUGUUUUAAUUUUAAUAAUUAUUUUUAUUUUUGAAUUUCAGGUGGCUUGAUGAAAUUAUUUCUUGUCAUCAAAAUGUCCUGAUUGUGUGGCAACGUCACUUGUGAAAAUGUGUGUGGCUUGCACUAGAAAGUGGUUGUGGAUUGUCUCAUGUGUUUUAUUUAUAUUAUACACCACAGUAUGCCCAGGUAAAACUGUUUCCUAUUUUUAUAUCUAAAAUUAUUAUCGUUGAAUAAAUAUAAGCUUGAGGCCACAGCUUACAAAUGAAUUAUUGUUCUUUUUUGGUAACAAAAUUUGAUUUAAAAUUAUCUUGUUAGUACUCUUUUAUCUUGUGCUUUUUUGCAUUAAGGACUUAUGAUUACAGAAUAAUGUUUGUAAUUUGGGGUGCUAAAAUUUUUUAAAUAAUUCCAGGUUCAUGUACAAAUGACCACUUAAUGCUUUUAGAAAACUGUGGAUGGAAGCCAGCUUAUUGGAUAAACUCUUCAAAAGAGACUAUUAAAACGCCUGGUAUUGAUGUGAGGUGAGACUUGUUCACAUAAAAAUAAGUGACAUUGUCUUUUUCUUAUGACUGCUGUUCUCAUGCUCUACUCCCAGUCAGGCUACUAACUCAUUACAUAGCUUUUGAAGUUAAUCAUAGGAGAUUUUUAAAAAAAUUAAAAAUACAAAUAAUUCAAGUAUAUUUGACAGUUAAGUGACCGUGUCAGUAGUUGUGUGUCUGCACAUCAUGCUUCAUUAAAUGUCUUUCAAAGUAUAUUGGGGGGAAAAAAUGAUACAUCAAUAAAUGCAUAUAAUAAUAAAUUUAUAACAAAUUCUCAAAAAUUCCUACUGAUGUAUAACAAGGCUACAUCCCCUCUCUCACUUUCUGCAAACAUUUACCACCAGCUUAGGAUAGAAAGUUGAUAGAGUGGUCCUUUGAGAUCAGAAUGGAUAAGAUGAAACCUAUGAGUGUUCAAUCCUACUCAGAUACAAAAAGUGGUAGCACUUCAAAUGAAUCAGUCCCCAAAUCAUCACACAGUGCAAGAAGAACUAAGACUUGAGAGACUAAUAUUUAUUCACCUUGAUAAAUUUUCCAAAUCAGCUUGAAUAAGAUCAGAGCUCCAAACAGCACACACAUCAACUAUAAAUAGGAUUGGCAACCAAAAACUUUUCUUGAUCUGAUAACAUAAUUUUUUCUUUUCUCUAACUUGUCCUCAGCCCCAACCUUGUGUGCAUGACUAUAAUAAUGCCAGCGAGGUUGUCCUUGAGCCUAAAAAUUGUCAAGUUUAACCUGAAGGGGUCUGGGGAAUGCUCACCAACAUCAGAGAGACUGUCUCUUGAGGUUAGAAGAGAUACAGGUGAGUUAUCCAAUUUUUGUGUGUACUGUGAUGAGGUUAAUCAAGGUUUCUGUGACAUGCCAAACAAAUAUUUUAAAUGAUCUGCUCUUUGACGUGAUGCAUUGUCUGCACAAAUUAUAAUUAUUUUAAUAAAAGAUCUGAUGGAUUAUAUUACAGUUACACCCUUGCUUGUAGAUUCUAUGCCCAAAAAAAACUUUUUUUUUUUAAAACAUCAUUUUUUCUAAACAUCAAAAUCUUGCAACCCACCCGUGAACCAGGUAAAAUUUGCCUUAAGAUGAAUGCUUGUAAAAACUGUUUCAUUUUCUCAGGUUACAAAAAUAUAACUUGGUGCGGUCAGACCUUUGCAGAAGAGCUCAACUUACCUUUAGAGGCAGAUGUGACUCUUAUAUACAACAGCGGAGCCUAUGGAGAAGGAAGUGGAUUUGAGAUACAGUUCUCUCUAGGUGAAUAAAUAAGAUAACAAAAUAAUAACUUGAAAUAGAUUUGUUUUAACAUGAUCUAAGACUUUCUAAUUUUAACUUUGGAUAAUGUUUUACCCCUUUUGAGGUGGAGCCUUUUUUGGUGUGCCUGUGCCAAGGAAACAAAGCCCUUGGCUACCAGCUUGGCACUCACUCAAUGGAAGCCGCCAUUAAAAUGAUGAGAUGAGCAAGUUAUGCGAAAAGCAAUCUGAUUAGCUGGUACAAAGACCAGUCAGCCAAUCUCAAGGCUUGAAUUAUCAAGAUCUGCCUUUGGUAUUUUUGGCCAUUCGACCCUGGGCCUAUAGAUCAGCCCAUCCAUCCCAAGAGUGUUAAAUACCUGAGGUCCUGAACUCAAAGCAAAGGUGCAAGUUGGGGUUUAACAAAUAUCAAGUUCAGAUCAGUUCUAGCCUACAGAGAUUUAUAGUUACUUCAAGGUGGUAUAUUUAUAGUUUUGUUAUAUUUCAGUUAAUUCUAAAGGCUGGAAUCUCCCUAAGUUGUCAGCAAGUGCAGAGCCCAAACUUUUGUAUUCCCCCAAUUACCCAAAAGACUACCCAGGGUAGGUACAUUUUUGUGUGUUUUGUAUUUAUGUAUUUUUAGGGAUUAAACACUUUCAAAUUAUGUGUCUUUGUAAAGCAAAAAUGACCCCUACCACCCCCCAAAUUGAGUGAGGGCAAAGUCCUUGCAUGUUGGACAAAUUAGUAACAUGUUUCAUAUUUAGAAUAGCCAAACAUCCAAGAGUGUUUUAGAAAUAAAACUAUGAUCACAAGAUUUAGUUUGCUGUCUUCAAUUUUUACAUAGCCAAAGGAUUUAAAUGUUUGCUUUGGGGGAAUCAUUAACAUUUUCAAAUACAUUUAUGUCCAUAAAUACAUUAACUAUGAAUAACAUACAUAUACUGUGGAUCUCUGCAUUGUGUUUGGGGCUAAUCAGGCCAGACCUUUAUUAAAAUUUUUUGCUCAAGUGCUCGCCAACUCCAACCUGUACCAAUACACAUAUAAAACAUGUUCAUAUCUUUUACAGGAGCAUAUCAACCAGUGUGAUCCUAACAACUGAUGCUGGCCAGUACAUACACAUCAAGUCAAGGGAGAUAAGCAUAGAGCCCAGUAGUAGAUGUGAUUAUGAUUACCUCUCUAUCAAUAAUGGUAAGUUCCAGUGUGCGAAUCAUGGCUUUAAAUUGACAGAGAAUAUGUAUUUAUCUAAUAACAGUACAAUGAAGCUAUUAUGUAAAAAAACCACAGUUUUAUUAACCCUUUACAGGGCAGAUGUUCUUCCUUUUGCUAGCUCUGAACGGGCAACAUUUUUCCUGUUUUUAGUCAGAUUUAGGUUAACGUUAGUAAAAAUAUCAAAUCUAAGGUGUUAGUAAACAAAUUUUUGUGAAAUAAAAAACAAAAUUAAGGAAAAUUAAUGCAGAUUUAUUACUUUACUCACAUGUUGCCAUUAAUCCACACAUGAACACAAAUAUUUGCAAAAAACAACAUAUUGUUUGGGAUUGUCAGCCCUCUAUUUACUAUUUACAAACACUGCCACAAAAUCAAAGUGUGUACACUUAAACACUGCUUACGCUGAUAUCACUAACAAUAUUAAUAUCUAGUUCCAAUUUAUAGUCAAUUUCGUGCACUUCAAUGUCAUUUAAAUUGAACCCAGAGAAAUCUCCGCUAUCACUUAAAGAAUCGUCAAAAUCCAUUUUGAAAAACAAAGCAUUAAAACUCUGAAAAUUUUGUAAAAAUCCUAUCAAAUACUUGUAACUGGCGCCCAUUCUAUAACGCUAUUUCCAAAACCGGAUGUAAACAAUCGGAAGUCUCGCAAAGUCUCAGAGAUUGCAUGUUUGCAACACUGAGUUGUCACGGACGCUUUCGGACGUUUUGCCCUUUAAGUAGUAAAGACGUUUUUGGUCGGUCUGCCCUGUAAAAAUCAUAGAAUUUUAUCUUUUGUUGUAAUGUGUUAGUGCUACUACUUGGAAGUAGAUGAUCAGUUAUAACCAGUUGUACUAAGCAAUGGCCUAAGGUUAAAUGAUAUAUUUUGAUCUUAUUUGCACAGUGCUCUACUGUGGUGAUGAGAACAUUGAUGUCAUAGUUCCAUUGAAUUCCAUGGAGCUGAAGUUCACUUCUGACAACGGACUAGAAAAGUCUGGAUUUGUUUUGGAAUAUUCAUCCCUAGUUCAUCGUAAGUCAUGAGUGUAGAGUUGAAAAAAAAGAGUUUCAUAUUAAUAUUUGCAGUCCCAUUUUGUUGAGGUCUAAGCACAAAGCUUGUCAGAUAGGUCAGCAAGGUAAACAAAACAAAACAAAAAGCAGUCAUGUAAAUUCCUUGUAUUUACUGCAACUAUUGUGAAACAAUGUAUGAUGUCAGCAUGUCAAACAAAUAGAAAUAAAUUCUGCUAUAUCAUUUCUGUUUCUACCACAGAAAAUUUUUCCUGUGCAAAUGAGGAAGCAUUGAAUUUCACAGCUUCAGAAUUCAAAAGUUUAAUAGUCAUCAACCAAACAUUAUUCAAAUCUAACAAAAGGUAAUUUAAAAACAUUGCCAUUUACACACAUUGCAUUUGAAUACGAAUAUGAAAAUUUUAAGAAGUUAAUAAUACAUACUAUUACUUUGUUUAUGUUGUAAAUUUAAAUCAACACUUUACUAUUACAUUUUGAUCUCUCUUAUUUUUAUUCAACUUUACACUUGUUCAUAGCAUAUUUUAGAAAUAAAACGUACAUGUUCACUAUUCAAUUCAUGUGUUAAAAUGACACCUAACAUAAUAUAAGAUUUCGUUAGUGCCUAUUUAGCAAUUUGGUCAUAAAUUAAGAACUGCAUUUUACAGCAAAAAGUAAAUUUGCCUUUGUGUUGGAUAAUUUGAAAGAGAUAAAGCGUGUACCAUGCAUGAAAUGACAGCAUUUUUUGGGUUAAAUCUCAUGUUGCUGUCACUUGUCACUAAGUAUCAACCUUCUAUUCCAGGUGCAGUUUAUUUAUCGACUCUGGGUCUGAUGACAAGGUGCUGGCUGUAAAUGUACCUCUACGGCAAAACUACACAAUAUCUUUUGAUGACAGUAAGUGCUGCAAGUUUCAAAUAUUUUUUUUUUUAAAAGCUUAAAAACUAACUAAUAAGAUGGCUAUGAAUAAUCCAGCUUCCUUAAAUGCGCUCUUAAUGUUGUUGGCUGUCAGACAGCAAGGACUCAUUCUGCAAUCUUCUUUUUGAUGUUUUCUUUUUUUUUAAACAGAGAAAGAACAAAAGUUUUCCAACGUAGACUCCUAAUUUUUAUAUGUUUUUUAUCAAGUGCUUAACAGAAUUUUUCUAUUUUUGCACCUCAGUUCUCAUAUUUUUAAUGUUGUCUAUUUCAUAGAUCGAGUACUCGACAAACGUUUUCCCGCCACCGCCCAAUAUUUUCAAAGUCCAGGUCGGAACCUUUCCAUCAGCCUUGACAUUGGCUUGUUCCAGACAAACAACAGCUGGAUAAUGUGGAAUCUUACAGUUCAAAAUAUUGAUAGAGGUACACAGGUCUUACGAGCAGUCGUUGAAGCAGAGAUUUUUAAAAUUAAAUCAAACUUCCCAAAAGCUAAAAGUGUUAGAGUGAUCCACUUUAAAAGUAUUAUAUUCAUUUAUUUUAAAACUCUUCAGGACAAGAGUAAAGAAAGCAGAAUCCGGUACUCAAAAAGUGAAACAGUUAAAUUGAUUAAUGAGGAAGCCUUGCCUUAGAAAAUAUUUGGUAGCAUCAAGGAUAUUCUGCCUUGGGUCAUUUGAAUUUUCAGUAUGCUUUAAAAUAAAUACAGGCUCAUGAAUGGGGGGAAGGAAGAAAGUCAAAAUGUAUUUUUUCUUUGAACAGGUUUUCUCCCUACCAGACUUCUGAGUCAAAACUCUCUCUUCUGGAUUAAUCAAGACAUGAUCAGGUAAAACAGGAGAUUAACUGAAAUAAUAUUUGUAAUUAACAAAGACUUUUUUAGAUAGUGGAUGGACUGAGACACGAUUACCAUAGACACUCGUUUUUUCAUAAGCUGCCCUCACCAACCAAAUUAGCUAUAGACAGGAAAAGUCUAAAAAUCGUAUAACCCAUUAACCGACUCCCUUAAAAUAAUUUGCCAGUGUAUGUAAACAGUAUAACAAAUAUCUAGGAUCAAACUAUGCUGCUUCUGUAAAAGACUGAAUUUUUUCGCCAUCUACUUUCGGCAAUCGUUUUUAUACUUCUGGCAUCAAAUCCGAAAAUUUUUUGAACGCAUCUUUGACUAUGACUUUGGAGAUCUGUAAAUACAUUUUGAUUCAUCACUAUACCUAUGACGAAACCCCCCCCCCCUGACUUAUUCCACUGAAAUAGUUCCCCAAAACCAUCUACUUUCGGCAAUUGUUUUUAUACUUCUGGCAUCAAAUCCGAAAAUUUUUUGAACGCAUCUUUGACUAUGACUUUGGAGAUCUGUAAAUACAUUUUGAUUCAUCACUAUACCUAUGACGAAACCCCCCCCCCCCUGACUUAUUCCACUGAAAUAGUUCCCCAAAAAUGUUGGCAUCUAGACCAAGUUAAAACGGAUGAUAAAGUAGUUGAUCCUUUUCUUCGGCGAACAAAAAAACAAAAUAAAACAACAUAAAUUACCUGAUGCUGUGAAGAGCUCAAGAAAAACCAUGAAAUAUCUUUCCAUUAUGAACUUACUUAUGGUUAGGUCAAGCAUCGGAUGAUCCUAGUUGUGAUCAAUUAAAGAAUGGGAUUAGACAGCUUUUUUUUUUCCUAAUACUUAGUUUUGAUAAGUUAAGUAAAAAUCAACCAGGAGAGUUAUCCUAUCUGCCUCAUUAGAGAAGAAAAUCUCUGCUUUACAAAGAUCGGGGCAGAUUGUUUGGGUCUCUGUCACCUAGAAUUUUUUACCUAAAUCUUCUUCUAAUUUAACCUUAAAUAGUUUUUACAGCAGCAGUAGGAUAUUAUUGAUGAGUAAUAUGGAAUGUCUUUUUUCAAAGAAAACAUUUGUUCAAACUCUUUCCCCUCAGAAGCAGUAGAGAACAUCAUUUUGAUAUCUCAAGGAGAUUAGGGUUCAAGGUCUUUGGUGCUGAUCUGUGCUGUAGUCUUCCAGUCUCAGAGAAAGUUGAUUUGUUCAACGGUUGGUUAAAAAGCUAGUGAUGAUCAUUGUUGGCAUUAAGAUGUUUCAGCUGUAACUUAAUUGUCAAACAAAAAUCUCAAUGGUUUCCAUUUAAGAUAUAAAUAUAACAAUAAUUUUUUUUUAAAACGUGAAUGCUCUAUUGUUUCCUAAAGUUGAAAAUUCUGUGUUCUGAAAUCAUGUUGAUGGAUCACAGUGUACUUUAAAUGCUACUUACCAAAACAUCAAAGUUUCACCAGGAGACAUGUUAGACAGCACGUGUACACAGACUUGUCAUUCAAACUUUGAGAAAUCAAUCCAUUUUCUAUCUUGCAUGAACAUGUUAACCUGCCAAUAUUGCUGCAUGUAAGAUAAGUAAUAAAACUGUAACUGACAUGAUAUUUCAGCAGGUAUAAGGACACUGUUCAGAUAGAAACUCUUAGCAGCUUUGAGGCUAAAAGGAUAUUAAACUUUAAAUUUUUUUUUUUUAAUUUAAAAUUUUAAUUUAGUUAAAUGGCAAACCUUUUACUUUCAGUCUUUCAUCUCUUAUAUGCUAUUCCAUGCAGGUCCUGACAAAAGUUUUUUUGAGCUUACCCGUGACUGUAGAGGCCUGCCCCGAUCAGACAUGGCUAUAUUUAGUGAGGGUGGACCACAUGUUGUAACUGUGGUGAUAAGGUAUGUUUGUUGUGGUGUUUAAAAAGUAUGUUGCUGGUGUGUUGAAAGGUUAUGUUGUCAGUCAUCUCAUGCAUUCCCUGUCACAAACGGUGUGAAGCAGGGCUGUGUCCUGACUCCCACACUCUUCAGUAUUAUGUAUUCUGCAAUGUUGUCUGAUGCAUUCAAGGACUCUACCAUGGGCUUGCCAAUCUAUUUCCGCACCCAUGGAUCAGUCUUUGGCCUGACAAUCAACACAAAAAAAGACAAGUGAUGUAUUAGCCAGCUCCCAGUGAGCCCUAAGUUGAACCCAGCAUCAUCAUCAGCAGACAGCAGCUAAACGGGGUAGAUAAAUUUACGUACUUGGGCAGCACCCUCUUCAUAUCUGUUGUCAUGGAUGAUGAAAUGAAUGCCAGACUCGCAAAAGCUAAUGCCAUAUUUGGCAGACACCGCAGCACUGUUUUGGGACAGAAGAGGUAUCAGACGAGAAAUGAAGAUCAAGGUCUAUAGCGCAGCAGUCCUCUCGGCAUUGCUAUACGGAUGUGAAACAUGCACAGUCUACCAGUGUCAUGGCAAAAAACUAAACCAGUUUCACACAACCUGCCUCAGGAAACUCCUCGGCAUCAGGUGGCAAGACAAAGUGCCUGACACGGAGGUCCUCGCUAGAGCGAACCUACCUAGCAUCUUCACCACCCUGAUGCUGUCUCAACUCCGUUGGAUGCCACACGUAGCCAGUAUGGAAGACAACCGGCUCCCUAAACAGCUAUUCUUUGGAGAACUCACGAUAGGCAAGUGAUCCCAAGGAGGUAAAAAAAAGCGUUACAAAGACUCAUUGAAAGCGGCACUAAAGUCCUUCAGCAUCAACCCUAUUGCAUGGGUGCAGACAGCCCAGGAUAGAACCAGGUGGAGAUCAGCUGUCAAGAAGGGAAUAGCAAAACAAAGUAUGUGUCAAGAAGGGGCUCAACCUCAUGACGCCAGAAAGAUAGCCACAGCUGAGACACGCAGGCUAGCCCGAAAAAGCAACCUUAGAUCACCGACUACAACAACUAUCCCCUGCUCGCGGUGCCAGAGACUAUUCUGAGCAUGGAUCUGACUAGCAAGCCACCUACGAACUCACCGUGACGAAAACCCCCCCCCCCCCCCACCCCCUUAACCUGAUGACUAGAUGGUCCUAGUAGAUGUUGACAGACGAACAACAUGUUGAUAUGUUUGUCAAGGCUACCAAAGUAGAGUAAUAUUUUGCUGAUGUGCUGAUAAGCUAUCUUGUUGAUAUGCUUACCAAGGGAUCUGACACUAAGAUGCAACACUUAUCAUAUUGCUGUUUGUAUAAUCAUUGUGAGAGGACAAUAUGUAGAAUAACAUUUGUGAUGGAAUUAUUAUGAGAGGACAAAAUGAAAAAUAACUCUAGUAAGGGAUCUGCACUAUAGAAAGUUUUCUUUUUAAUGUAGUUGAGAUCAAAUUCUAUAAUAUAAUGUGUUGAUUCUUUGUAUCAGGAAAGACUUCCCUGGCAAUUUCUCCUGAGGUUAACUUCAGACAUUUUUCCAAAUUUUCAGAAAUACAUCCAACACAGAAUUUUGGCUUUAUCUUGGACCUGCUGGUGAGUUGGAGGGGAGGGGCUACUUUUUUGUGUAUUUCUUUUUUGUUUCAGCAAGGUGUUCACUUGUAUAAAUUUACUUACUUGGGCAGCACCCCUAGGCUGGGGUACCGCGCUAUAUAAGACCACUAAUUAUUAUUAUUAUUAUUAUAAUUAUUAUUUAUUUUUAAUGUAUACCUUUACAAUAAUUAACCGGUGUGAGAUGGGAUUUAGAGUUUUGUUUGGACAGAAGAGUUCAAGAUGUUUGUCAGCAGAAAGUCUAUAUCAUAAUUAAAAAAGAAAAGAGAAAAGAUGUAGACCAAGAAAGAGCACCAGGAAACUGAACAUUGACCUAUUACAUAGACAGCACAUCAGAUUUGUUCCCCUUUGUUCUAUAGAUUUUCUUUUUACUUUUUAGAAGAUUCAUUUUAGAUGCAGUUCUUUUAUCUUAAAAUGCAAAUAAAUGAGGAUUUCUUGAUACAACUAUAAAAUACACUUGAUUACUCUGUUCUUGGUGCAGUUAAAUCAUUAUCUUCAAGUUAAUAAGAGUAAUUUCAUUAUCAGUAUUAUAAGAAUUUUUUUAAUCCAUAAAAUUUGUAAUUUUGCCUAAAUUAUAAUCAAAUUGGUUGAUGCCUCAACAGAUCCAAGUCAAGCGAUGUUAAAGACUGAAUUCAAAGACAAUUCGUCAUUUAAUUCUUACUCACUGAUCAAAUCACUUAAAGUCAAGUAAGUGUUUUAUUGGAACUUCUAUUCUUUCUUUGGUUCAAGCAAAUCAAUGUUGUAAAUCUUUUGAAAACUAACUGCAUGUUUAGUGACUGCCGCUGGGUUGAGCUGUCCAUCCAUCAUCAAUAUAUGAAUUACAACUGAUCUGAGCAGGGUGGGGGGAGGUUAGCCAUAUUUAAAGACGUAAUGUACGGUUGGUCAUGUUGAAGAUAGGUGCUUAUGCACUAAAACAAAACUUAUAGUAUUUGAAUACAUUUUUGUCAUAAUUAAACUUUGAAACACAACAACACAAAAAACUCACCAAAUUUUUUGUAGUGACUGCCAGCAGUAUGCCCCAUUUGAUAUUGUUUACCGUUCUCCUACCAUUAAUGCGAAAUUCAGCUACCUUGUACUUUUGUUCUUGAACAUAGAACAUAUUCCCAGAUUUUAAUUGUUUUAUUUUAGGCUCAAGGAUUAGUUUCAAUAAAUAUCAAUUGAUACCUUUCAUCAGGGUGCCAUGAAAUUCAGUUUUUUGUCAUUAUAAUAAAUAAGAAAAAUUGCUAAGAGAAAAAGAGCUGUGUCUUUCUGUAAGAAUAAUUAUGCCUUGUACUACUUUCAAAUAUAACAAAAAAUAUUUUUUUAAAGUUUGUGUUAUUUUCUUUUAAACGGAGGAUGUUUGGUUAGAAAUUAAGCUGAUCAGUAAAUGUAUUCAGAUGUAUUUGGUGUCCAAGGAAUUUUAAGUGCUGCAAAAUGGGGUUACAAAAAUUUAUUUGCCUAUGUAUAACAAAUGGAUUGUCCAUUAAUACAGAGCUACAACAGCAGUCAAUGAGUAAAUUCUUAACCAAACUUUUGUGUUUAAAUUUUAAUGAUAUUGCAUAAAAGCAGUGUUUUAAGCUGUUACAUGUUUGUGCCCAUGAGGCAUUGUAAUAUUACAGUCAAUGAUAUGUUUCAGCCAACAAAUGGUCCUUUCAUGUGCACCAGUAUGAUCCAGUGAUGAAGCGUGAUUCUUUCAUUGAACUGGAAAGUUAAUGAGCUAAUGCUGGCCGGGAUAACAGCAUUUAACUCCUUUUAAAUUCAAGGCUUUUCUAAUUAAUUAUUCUUUGCAUCAAAGCUUGUUUAUAGCUGAGGUUUUUCAGAGAAGUUUUUUGUGUUUACAAUCAUGCAGCAAGAGAGUAGAAUCUCAUGAGAGCAUUUUAGUUGUAUUGUUACUAAAACUAAUUUGUGAUGUUUCGUGUUUUGAAAGCUAAAGUUAUUGAUGAUGCAAAAUUUAAAGAAAUGUCAUUACUCUAUGUACGUUUCCGUGGCAACUAAAAUUCUAUAACUAACUGGGAUGAUGUCUGAUGCAUUUGUUUUGUUCGUUGAAUGCAUGACUGUAAUGGUGCUCACUAGGCGCUUGUAGUGGUAGUGGUAAGUGAUGCAGAUGUUAUUGCAUCAUGUUGUGGCAUGUGUUUUUGCAUGGAUCUGUUUAUUGUUUGACUAGAAACUUGUUCUGCCGAUGGGAGAUCCAGGGGAGCAUGCUGCCUGUUACAAUCCAAGCAAGAAACAACUUUAACGUGCUUUCAAAUAAUUCUUUUGUUGUUAAACAAGGUAAAACCUCUCAUUGGUGUGUCUACUUACUGUUUUAAAGUCUACUUACUGUUUCAAAGUCUACUUACUGUUUCAAAGUCUACUUACUGUUUCAAAGUCUACAGUAAGUAUCAAAGUCUUCUUACUGUUACAAAGUCAACUUACCAUUUCAAAACGAAAGAUGGUGAUAAGAAACUUCAUGCUAAGAAAUUAAAUACCUUAUCAUUUAUUUUAAUGCUCUGUCAUGUGUUUAUCGUUGAGCUAUUUUUUUUUAUGCCCUAUGUAAAACAAGAAAUUAUUUGCUAUUGUCCAGUCCUGUCCCUUGACGACCCGAGGCCUAAAGCUGAGGCAGAAUAUGACCAAGAUACCCCUGAUGACACCUUGAUGUAUUCCUUCUACCCAGUUGUCAUCACAGUCUCCAUAGUUGACCAAGAUUCUCAAUACCAGUCACCAGACUUCAGCUUCGGCUACCAGCAGGACAUUUAUUUAAUCAGUCAGUGCAAUUUAUCACAUUUUGUGUUUAAUUUUUAUUUAUAAAAAAACUCUGUUGUGUUUUUAUUAACUUUAGGUUUAUUUUAAAUGAUAUUUAUAUUGCCAUUUUGGAUGUUGGCUUAUGUAACUUGGUGAAAGUUUUAACUUCACAAGCAUUGCGGGUCACUUCAUCUUUUGUAAUGACAAAGCAUUCAGGCCUUUAUUUUUGGUGGGGGUUGGGGUAUGUGGGAAAUCAGCAUUUCAAGAGUAUAACUUAUACACACCAGAAGUCAAGAGUAUAACUUGUACACACCAGAAGCCAAUGAUUUAAAAGGAAAUCUCACAUUAACACAAUGUGUUAGUUUCAGAAUCAUAUUAAGAGCAGCGCCAUGAAGUGGAAAUACAUAACUACAUCGUACCCCAUUUGAUUCAACUUACAGCCUCCAAACCACUCUUCCCCAACUUCCACAAAAAGGGACAAAAUUUGAUUAAUUGCACAAAAACCCCACUAUCUACAGCACAUGAAAAACUGAAGACUUGCACAAAACAAAAUAAAAACAAUAAUAAUCAGACAUUCUGUUCUAUUAAAGAGUCUUGUCGAAAGGAGCCACAGAACCAAUGUGUUACUUGCAUUAUUGCUGGCUUUCUUUUUCUUGCUACUGGAUCAUUACAAUUUUAAAGCCUCUUAGUUGACCAAACUUCAAUGAUAAUGGAUAUUUUUUUGUUUCUUAGAUCAGUAAACGUUUAAAUUAUCAUAAAAUCUCAGUGUGUGUAAUGUGUAAGAAAAUUAACAGGAAUAUAAUAAUGAUACUAUAAUUUUGUAUUAUUUUUUCAAAUUUGAAUCAACAGACCAAUCUUCUUACAAUUAUUCAAAUCUGAAAGCAUUAAAUCAGGAACAAAUUGUGCAGACUCCUUACUAUCCACAUUUUUAUCCAAGGUAUGUUUACUCAUGAUUUGACUUAAGCAAUUAGUGUUUAAACAUGUCGUUUGCCUUUUUUAUUUCUUUAAAUGUGAGAUCUGCCAUUGAUUUUCAAAAUCUGACUUUUGACAUUGAACCUUACACUCACCAAUAUAUCAGUGCCUCUCAAAUUGGGUGUCUGCAGACACCAGUCCAUCAUAUAGGGGAAAAGAAAAAAAACUAAUCCAUAAAUUAAUAGCCUUAACAGUACAGAUGAAUUCAGUCUGUCAUAGGGGAAACUUUGAGAACUAAUGCAGUACUUUUUUUUUUUUAACUUAUUUCCCACCAACCAUUUCUUAGUCUGGAGCAUUUAAUUAAACAAAGUUGUUUUUACUUCUCCACAGCAAUAUUUAUUACUCAUGGACUAUCAAAAAUACACCUACCCAGGAAGCUUCCGUAAUAGUCUUGACCUUCCCUGACCUUUCCAGUGUGCUGUGCUCUGACACAAGCGUGCUGAACAUAUCCACUAGUAUUAGUAUGUUGAUUUGGUUUUUUGGGGGGUCAUGUCAUCUGCAAUUUUUCUUGUUUUGUUUGCUUGUGACAUUUUAUAAAAAAAAUAAAUCCAAAAGUCCUAAUAGUAGAUUAUGUGGCCUACAAACUAUAAAAUUGAACAACAAAAUAAGUUUUAAAACAUUCAGAAAAGGGUCUUUAGAGCGAGCAAAGAAGGUCUCUAUGUGUGGCUCUUAAUUUUUGACUCGAAUACAUACGUUUUUUUGUUCUCAAUGUUGUUAUAACCAACAGAUGUUGCUGGUGAUAUAUUUGGGCAACCAAGUCGGAUCUGUGGCAAGAGGUCACUGACACAAUAUUAUGAUGCGAGCUCUGUCAAAGUCGAGUUUACUACAAAUUUUAUUAUCAAGCCAGGAUUUCAGUUCUUCUUUUAUCAUGAAGGUCAGGGUCAAGUAAUGUUUAAAUUGCAAAAGUCCAGUCUGGUAUAGGAAGAAGCUGGGUAAUUAGUGUGGGACACACGCUCAGGGUAACUAAGGUGGGACACAUGCUCAGCGUAACUAAGGUGGGACACAUGCUCAGGGUAACUAGGGUGGGAUACAUGCUCAGAGUAACUAGGGUGGGAUACAUGCUCAGGGAAACUAGGGUGGGAUACAUGCUCAGGGUUGCUAAAGUUGAGGAGGUCAAGUCAUUUUUGUGGUAAAAGCUUUACAUAUACUCAUUCAUGUUACUAUAGAUUUUAAAGUACACCAUUCUAAGGUUUGCAUUAUCAAAUUCUGCAGGUACUUAAUUUGGAGUGGCCAUAUGAAUUUUCAUAGAUUUCUUUGUUCUAAAAAUUAAAUAGUAAACUUGUGCCUAAAAAUGUAGUGAGAAAGUGUUCAGCUUGCCUGAUAGCAUUAUAAAAAUAAACGUGGUUUAGCUUCUAUUGCUGGUUUGCCAGCUAAAAUAUCCGGUGGGUGGGCACCAGGUGUGGGCAGGCCAGAUAAAAACAUCUGACGGGUGGGCUCCAGGUGUGGGCAGGCCAGAUAAAAACAUCUGGCGGGUGGGCUCCAGGUGUGGGCAGGCCAGAUAAAAAUAUCUGGCGGGUGGGAUUGCUGUUUGGUCUGGCUGAAAAAAGGUGCUUUUGGUGGCCUUGGUUUACCCAAGCCUUUAUUACUUGUGCCUCGUGGCUUAAAUGUGUCUUUACUUGCAACUGCAGCCUCAAGCGUUCAGCAGUACAACUGUGGCAGUAACAUCACGCUGCAAGAGCGAGUUUCUAGCUACCUGAUGUACGUCCAAAGAGCAUCUGAUCAGUAAGUUUUCCGGAAAUUCUUGUGAGCUAUGUAGAUACUUAAGUUUCACAACCUUAAGAUUUUCACUUUCCAUGAAACCCCCCCCCCCCCCCCCAUAAUUUGAGACUGAUGAAUGAGACAGACAAAGCAUCCCAAAAAAUGAGAACAUGAUAUUGGAGAUACCUUUUAUAAGAACUCCCUUCUUACUUACAGAUGAGUAUUUAAAAAAGUGUGUUAAAAAUAAUACUUCCAUAAUUUGGUCUGUAUUACCAACAGGUCUCAGGACUGUUAUUUUUACCUGUACCCAACAUCACAUGACUCAAGCAUCACUUUGAGAAUUGAUUUAGACUUUCAGUAUGGGAACAACUUGAUUGUGUACUCCAUGAAACCUUCAGGUGAGUUACCUUGUUAGCUCCAUGGAACCUCCUGGUGAGUUACCUUGUUAACUUCAUGACACCUCCAGGUGAGUUACCUUGUUAACACCAUGGAACCUCCAGAUGAAUAGUACUUAAUGCUUCUUCUUCAUUCUGCUAGACGUCUACUCCUGUAGCCCUCUUGAAGGUGCCUGUCAUCUGUAGUCUUCUCAAGUGCGCAUUGAGGUUUUUUUUGGGCAAUGGUGUUGUCCGGAGACAGAAGUAUUCUCCACCGAUUUUGAAAAUUAAGGCAUUUUGUUCAGUGUUGAAUAUUCCAGCAGUGUAAAAUAAAUAAAUAGUGGUGUAAAGAUAUGUUUAGGCUUGGAAAAAAAGACAGAACAAUAGAUGGAUGUUGAACAAUAGAAGGAUGUUGAACAAUAGAAGGAUGUUGAACAAUAGAAGAAUGUUGAACAAUAGAAGGAUGUUGAACAAUAAAAGGAUGUUGAACAAAAAAGGAUGUUGAACAAAAAAAAAGGAUAUUUCGGCUAAAUGCCGGCUUCCGCAGACAAGACAAACAACUAAUUAUUACAAAUUAAAAACAUAUGUGUUUGAAGAUCUCAAUGUGGAUCUCUCAGUGUUUAGAAACAAAAAAAAUUGUUAAGCAUUUGGUUGUGGCUAGUUGCAGAGAUGCAAAAUCACUAUCUGUUCUUCCUUGAGGGUUAAUUAUAGUAGUCAUUGCUUUAGUCUGUGAAACUAUUGUAGAAAUAACUUGGGCCUUUGAUCUGUGAGGUUAAUUUAGAAGGGAUGGGUUUAAAAACUGGGGCUGUUUACAAAAUAAUCAUAUGAAGAACAAAAAUUAAUUAUAUAUUAUAAGUUAACAAACAACUUUAUUAACACUUCUACAGUGAUAUCAUCCACCAAGUAUCGUUGGCAGGAAGUGCUCAGUCUGAACCAGCAGAACAAACAAACAGGAAACUUCACGUUCGCCCAGUCCACUCUGGCAGUUAAGGCGCAUUUUGAUUACAUGCCAGCAAAUUUCAAAAUAAGGGCUCUCCUGUCUAGAGGUAAGUAAGUCCUUUGGUUGAUUUCAUUCUGCACCUUCCAAACUUGCCACCUCAGUAGGUUCAGGUUUUCGCACUAAGAGUUUAUCUCCUUCCCAAGACUAGCUGCUGCCUUACCUGUCUGAUGAGACCACUACACCUGGCUAUUUACCCUUAUGUGGGGAGAACUUGUGAAGAAUUUGAGAGCCAGCUACAUCUUGGUUGGUAGGGAAAGGAGGUGACCAAUUGCAAAACUAGGCAUGCAUACUUUUCGUAUCCUGUAAAUUUCUUUAAAUGAAAUAACAAAUAUUCUCAUGACUGUACAUGUUUACAGUUGAUAAACUGUCUAAGUAAUUCAUUCACUUGAAAGGGUCAUUAAUGGAUGUUUAUAUGAGACUUGUAUGCAUUAGGGAAUCAAAGCUGUAACGAGAGCUAAAGUUAAAUUAUGAAAUGAUAUUAAUAUAAUGGAGUGGUUAUUCACAGUCAGCUGGAAAUAAUAAUUGCUGUUGGCAGUAAACCAUUAUUCGUCUGGGGAAUAACAUUGAGGGUUAUUCCCAGCCGACUGUGUAUUAACGCCUCCCUUAAUACACUUGCACACUGGGUGAGUUUCCAGUACAAUGUACAUUUGUUUACCACAUUGUAUUUUAUUCAUUCCACACCCUCAUUCAUCUAAAAAAAAAUAUGUUUUAAAAUGUGAUUUUUUCCCCCUUAGUUAUUUCUUGAUUCUCUUUUUUCCAAUUGUUAUGUUCUGUUUAAACUUAAUCCACACUGAUAGUUGCUGCUCUAAAUUCUAUUAAACAAUGUAAAAAAAAAUUUCUUUUUUUUUCUUUUGUAUAUUCAGACUCUUGCUUGGAUGUCAUUUUGGAGGCUACAACUGUGGAUAAUUAUCUGGCAUCACCCAGAUACCCAGAGCCUUACCCCAUGUAAUAUAUAAAUAUUAUAGUUCAAUCUGGGUACCUGUUUAAAAUGUAAAAAUUUAGGCUUGCCAAUUUGAUAUUUUAUAAUUCAGGUCCCAAAAAAAAGUCAUUUAACACACAGUUCCAGACAAAUAAUUUCCAGCAUUCUGAGAUAGGCUUUUUUAAAAUAUAGCUAGGCUCAUGCAGUUGGUGCAAAUAGUUUUGUGUUGGUUAGUGCAAAUAGUUUUGUAUUGGAUAAGGCAAAUAGUUUUGUAAUUUGUAUAAAAAUCAUUGCCACUCUGAUAGUUGAUUUAAAACAAACUAAUGUCUAAAGUUUAACAGAUCUACCAUUUGUCAGUGAUUGCCACUCUGAUAGCUUCUUAAAAACAAACUAAUGUCUAAAGUUUAACAGAUCUACAGUUUGUCAGUGAUUGCCAUUCUGAUAGCUUCUUAAAAACAAACUAAUGUCUAAAGUUUAACAGAUCUACCAUUUGUCAGUGAUUGUCAUUCUGAUAGCUUCUUAAAAACAAACUAAUGUCUAAAGUUUAACAGAUCUACAGUUUGUAAGUGAUUGCCACUCUGAUAGCUUCUUAAAAACAAACUAAUGUCUAAAGUUUAACAGAUCUACAAUUUGUCAGUGAUUGCCACUCUGAUAGCUUCUUAAAAACAAACUAAUGUCUAAAGUUUAACAGAUCUACCAUUUGUCAGUGAUUGCCAUUCUGAUAGCUUCUUAAAAACAAACUAAUGUCUAAAGUUUAACAGAUCUACCAUUUGUCAGUGAUUGCCACUCUGAUAGCUUCUUAAAAACAAACUAAUGUCUAAAGUUUAACAGAUCUACCAUUUGUCAGUGAUUGCCACUCUGAUAGCUUCUUAAAAACAAACUAAUGUCUAAAGUUUAACAGAUCUACAGUUUGUAAGUGAUUGCCACUCUGAUAGCUUCUUAAAAACAAACUAAUGUCUAAAGUUUAACAGAUCUACCGUUUGUCAGUGAUUGCCACUCUGAUAGUUUAUUUAAAACAAACUAAUGUCUAAAGUUUAACAGAUCUACAGUUUGUAAGUGAUUGCCACUCUGAUAGCUUCUUAAAAACAAACUAAUGUCUAAAGUUUAACAGAUCUACAGUUUGUCAGUGAUUGCCACUCUGAUAGCUUCUUUAAAAUAAACUAACUAAAAUUUCUUUAAAACAAACUAAUGUCUAGAAUUUCUUUAAAACAAACUAAUGUCUAGAAUUUCUUUUAAACAAACUAAUGUCUAGAAUUUCUUAAAAACAAACUAAUGUCUAGAAUUUAACAGAUCCACAGUUUGUAAGUGGAACAUCAUUUCCAAACAAGGAAAUAUUAUUCUCGAGACCGUGGACUAUAUCCUGAAGGGCUUAAGUUAUUCAUGUGCCAAUGAUUACCUUCUUGUUUACGUUGGUAAUGUAACCCCAAAUUUAAUAUGGUUUUCUUAUAUACAUAUCUGUUUAUAAGUUAUGAAAAGAAUCACUUUAAGGUGACUGUUGAUUACAAUUUAUUUUUUAACAAUUAAAAUCUCACUCAAAUACAUUCAGUUUUCCACCAGAUGUUUCUUAUCUAUUAGCUAGCCUAAAAAUAUAUUUGAAGCAAUAUAACUGAUUCAUCAUUUUAUUUUUUUAAAUGUUAGCCAAAACACAUGAUAACGUAGACAUUGUGUUUUUUUAAUGUAUGGAGGACACUAUUGUUUAAUUUUUUAAAAAUCUGGCAUAAUAUGAUUUAUGCAUUAUUUUAUCAAAUCUGUGGCCAGGUCCAAUACAAGACCAGAAUCUGCUAUGGCGAUACUGUUCGCCGGAACAAUUUAAUUCCUCGGCCAAUGAAAUAACGGUUGUUUUCAAACCUGACCAAUCAUUCAAAACUCUAGGUUUCCGUCUGAAGUUCUAUGCUCGUCCAACAUCAAUUUUAACAACAUCGUCCAGUUAUCCAGGUAAUCAUAAUGAAUAGUGAAUAAUACAACUUAUGUAACAGCAUUUAUAUUUGAAAAUUGAAAGAGCUUUCAUCUGAAAGAAGUUUUCUCAAGUAUGAUAUAAAAAAUAUUAAAAUGUUAUCAUUUGUGACAUACUGUUAAGUCUAGAAACAUAAUUUGUUUUUUAUUGUAUGAUAUCAGUUACUUGGUUCUUCUUAGAUCUGAAAAAAUAAAGCUAUUCCAAUUUUAAGAUAUCUCACAGAUAAUUGAUAACCAGUGGAACAAGACAUGUUUUGGCUUUUAAAAAAAAUAUAGGACAAUUAAAAGGAAAUUUUGGGCUGAAUGCCUUCCUCAGAUAAUUGAAUAGCUCAUCAAAUAAAUUCUCCAAGUGAAAAUAAAAUAGAUUCUCUUUUCACACAUUUUCCCAAAUUCAAAUAUUCUGUUGUAUGUCCCCCACUUUAGAUGACACCUCUGCACCACCUAGCAUGAUUCUUGGGUCUGUCAUCGGUUGUAUCAUCUUUGCUGUCCUUCUCUUUGCCGCUGUUAUCCUUAUCAUCAAGAAGAGGAGAAUGGCGAACAGACUUCCACGUCGAGAACCCAGAGUGUACAUGAACAGGUUGGUUUUGUUUGUCUGCAUUUUUAUUAAGUACGUAUUGGUUUUUUUUUCAUCUUCCAUAUUAUUACACUGGUUUUUUUUUUGUUUUUUUUUUUUUUUUUUUAAAAAAAAUUUAUUUAUUUUGUUUGUUUUUUUUUUUUUUUUUUUUAUUUUUUUUUUUUUUUUUUUUUUUUUUUCUUAUUUUUACUCUGGUUUUUUUUUUUUUUUUUUUUUUUUUUUGUUUAAAAAAAAAUUAAUUUAGGAGUUCAUGUUACUGUACUGUAUAGGUAAAGUUUGCCAAAAUGUUAUCUUCAACAGACGAGAGUCUACGAUUUUCAUUGUGAACCCAGUGAUCAUCAACAACAUGUCUCCUCCCCCAUAUCCUGGUCUGGAGCCUGAUUCUUUAUUAUCAAAUGUGCCUUCCAUCUUUGCCAGCCCCCCACCAUACUCUGAGCGUGCACAGUGAGUAUUUGUAUUUUGUUUCUUUAAAUACAGAGCCAUUUAUUUUUCUUUAAAUUUUACAGGAUUUCUUAAUAGUAAUAAUUCUCAAGGUAUGUAUAUAUGGCUGUAUGGCUCGCAAAAUAAUAAAAUUCCCAGAAAUUGGCAUUAAUUGGGAUUCUUAUCAAGUGAGUUCCUAGCAUACAUUAAUGACCUACCCGAGAAACUGACAUCACAGGCAAGACUGUUCGCAGAUGACACAGCAGUGUAUAGGACGAUCGCCAACAGAUCUGACCAGGACCAGCUACAACAGGAUCUCAAUCUGUUAGCUGAGUGGGAGAUGAGCUGGGACAUGGAAUUUCACCCUGCCAAGUGCCAGACACUAUCAAUCUCUAGAAGUUGUACUCCUCUACACUACCAAUACGAACUGCACGGCCAUAUACUUGAGCAAGUUUCCUCCGUAAAGUACCUGGGUGUUACCAUUCAAACAGAUGUCCGCUGGGACGAGCAUAUUAACAAUGUAUGUAACCAAGCAAACAAGACCCUAGGGUUCUUAAGGCGAAAUCUAAAAAUUGGCAACUCCUGUGUGAAAGAAAGAGCAUAUAAAGCCUUUAUCCGUCCGAUUUUAGAUUAUGCAUCUUCAGUCUGGGACCCAUUUACCCAGAAGAGCAUUGACAGGUUGGAGGCGGUCCAGCGACAGCAUCUUCAGUCUGGGACCCAUUUACCCAGAAGAGCAUUGACAGGUUGGAGGCGGUCCAGCGACGAGCAGCACGCUUUGUCCUAAACCGCUACAGGAAUACCUCUAGUGUUGGCAGCAUGCUAGAAAUACUAGGCUGAUCACCAAUGGAGAAACGACGACGACAAUCCAGGCUCUCCAUGAUGUACAAGAUAAAUAAUGGGCUGGUCCACUGUUCCAGUAUUAAACAGAAACUCGUCCCUCUCUCCCAUAGACAGCGACGAGGCCAUGACAGGCAAUUCAGGCUCAUACCAGCAAGAAGCCAGUAUAGGAGCUGCUCAUUCCUGCCCAAGACAAUCAGGGACUGGAACAAUCUUUCAAAAGGAACGGUUGAGACGACAACACUAGACACAUUUGUGUCUAUUGCCUCAAGCCUUCAAACCCCUAGUGCAUAAUUUCCUCAUCAACACCAGUAACAGAAACAUUGCAAAUCCCAUCUACAUGCAUAGGAGCCAAAAUGAUCAAUAAAUUGAUCGUGGGCCCUUAAGAUAUAGAAGAAGAAGAAGAAGUGAUUGCAUGUUCUGUCCGGUAACAUUAGUAGAUGGGAAGUUCACACACUGCCAGCUCCAUUGUUUGGCGGGUUAUUUCUACUAAAAUGCAGAAACAUAGUCUAGUCUACCCCAACCCUUUUUUUCACUUCCGAGGCUAAGAAAAUUAAAGAAAAAAAUAAAGUGCUAUAUUUUUUUAUCAUCUUUUGUGAUUAGUUUUAUUGCUUGAAAAUACUUUCAGAACAGAGGAGGAUGAUUCAACAUACCAUAACAUUGACCUGCCGCCUCCUUAUACCCUAAGUGAUCAAGUAUCUCCAGGUAAUAGUAAUAGUUAUUCAAUUUGCAUGCUGGACUAUUUUUAGUUAACACAUCAAUUAACACUUACAUGUAGUUUAUUUUCGUGUGUUUAACUUCAGAGUUAGAGAAAAAGAUGCUCAGUUCACACGAUCAAAUUUCCUAUCAUGUUUUUUAUUUUAUUUUUGUAAGAAGCCUUGUCACAACUUUCAUAUCACUAUGCAAAUUUUUUUAGUACCAGUAUUAUUAUGCUAUCUCCACUUCACUUGUGCAAACAACCAAAAAAAAAAAAAAAAAUGGUUGUCAUUCGCGAAUGAGUUUACAUUGACUAUGCAUUGUUAUAGAAACAACAAAAAGCCUCCAAAUAAGAAUUAUGUACUUAAAAAAAAAUUAGAAAAAGAUCUAAUAAUUAUUUAGAAAAAAAAUUGGACAACAAAUGGGUGUAGGGCAUGAUCAUGAUGUAAUUGAAAAUUUAUUUAUAAUUAGGCUGAUUACUAAUAAAGCCUAUUCUAUACUACAAAUUAAUAUAUAUUUUAUAAUAUAAACCUGUAACACUUUUAUUAUUCAUUAUAUAAACUUUAGUAGUAUAGAUAGUACAGUAUGACUAAUAAUUACUCUUGCCAUGACUAGCAUCUUCAACUGUAUAAUAUGUAUAGAUUAUUAUCAUAACCAGCGACUGAGACACUCAAACAAAAAAAAUACACAAAAAUUAUUAAGUCUAAACUAAUUGACACUGAAACACUCCAGGAAUGCUAAUCCUAACUCGUUAAUUGUAGGCAGACUAGAAGCAUUUUUUUUCUAUACAAGUAAUAAUAAAGUUGACUUAUUACAAGAAUAGUUCUGGAGCAGGCUUUUUUUGGACGAACUGCACUGCGGACAAAUUUUUGUCAGCUCCAGCACCACUCUGGCAAAAUUGAAAGGGCAUUGAAGGGGUGCUGAGUGUUUAUAAAGAAAUAUCUUUAUUGUCACUUACCCAUCUAAAUCUAACAAACUAGGCAUUAGAACUGCAUGUACCAGUAACAUAACAGGUAGAAGAGUCGGGCAAUAUAACUGUAUGAAGAGUGGGGGCAACAUAGCAAAUGGAAUGGUGGAGAAUCAUAGAUGUAAGAUGAGUGGGGAAAUAUAGCUGGUAGAAGCAUGGGGCAAUAUAGAUAUAGAACUAAUGGGGCAUCAAUUUAAAAAAAAUUAAUUUUAAAAUUAAAAAGUGCAAACUAUAAUUUUUGUAAUUUUACUUUUUAUCCAUUAAAUUUUUCUUUUAAAUGGAGCAGUAGUAAUGAAUUUUACCAGCUUGAAUUCCAGGCAAAAAAAAAAACCCAGCUGAUCCAGAGCUCUGAUUAAUAAUUAGAAAUUUAAAAUCUCCAAAAUGAUUUAAACUGCUAUAUUAAAUUAAGAAAAUAAUUUAGGCCUACCCUGAUACUAAUAUUAAUAGUUAGCCUAUUGAAACUAAUGAUAUUAAGUAUAUAUUACUAUUAUUUUUAUUUCUAUUAGGCGUUAUUCGUUAUUCCUUAUCCUUUAUACAGGCUACUGUUUAGUGUAGACAUACUGGCUAUUUAGUAGGUCUAUUCAGUGUGAGUUCUUUUUCAUAAAUUGCUUAAAUUUGCUCUGAGUAUGACAAAUAUAUUGGACUAUUACUAUGAUGAGGAGUCUGCCUACUCUGCUAGUAUUUUAAUUAAUAUCAUUAAUGUAAUUAUUGUGGUAAACUUACCAUUUAAAUUCUCAGGGCCCCUCGUCUGAGCAAUUCUUAGCAGCCAUGAAUCUCGUUGUGAAAUUUCAAUUUUACCAAGGUUUUGGUAUCUGAAAUUGUAUUUAUCCUUCAAAGGUGUGAGAAACUUGACCAUGUCCUUUCAAGGUGUUAGAAUCCCUGGGAGACUGUUUUGUCCCAGGUGGACUAUUAGCAUAGGGACACUAAAGGCAAAGGGGGUAAUAUGGUAGCAGUGUGCAGGUGGUCAGUAGAGCAGGGAAGAGCGAGGGAGAAAGACGCUGACCGUAUUUGGUGGUGGGUUGUGAAGUUUUUCUGGCCAGAGGCCAGUUGGUAAAUGGGGUUCUCUGGCUAAGCUUGUUUGGCUAAGCUUGUUAGCGGAACCCACAUUACUGUAAUUUAUUUCAAUGGCGGCCAUUUUGAUAAAUCAGCUGUAAUGUCACGGGAAAAGCAGUAAUACUGUGAUUGGUUAUCGCAUCCAAGAACUUUUUAUUUGAUCAAAUUCUCAUUUUGGUCCAAACAAAGAAACCACACACAAAAUAGUGGGAUCAAACAAAAAUUUGAAGAAAAAAAAUUUGAUAGUGUGAACUGAGCAUAAAUCUUAAUUUUUAAGUUUUCUAUUGAAGUUUGAAACAUUGAAAUUGUAAGCUUAAAGGAAAGGAACUUUUUAAUGUAAAAAAAAAAAAUUUAGUUUUUAUUUAUCAUAUACAUUUAAAAUUUUUUUAAAUUAUAAUCUUGCUGAUUUAAUUAGACAACUCUGUAGUUAAGUUCUGUGGCAGUAUGUUCAAAUUAUUAGAAACAUUCAAUAAAGUUCAGUUUGACCUGUAGUCACAGUUUUCCACAUGCAUGACAUAUUGAUUUAUCCUUGUACCGGUACUCUGAAAACACAGUACAUGGCUGCAUCUACUUUUUUUUUUUAAUAUCCUUCAGAAAAUAGCCAGGAAUUAGUGGGAAACAAUCAACCUGAAUCCAGGGGAGAUAACUCUAAUGUGGGUCAGUGGUCCCAAAGUCCUGAUGUUAUCUAUGAUGUUGCCUGCCCACUGCCUUAUGAAGCUGAGUAUGCUGAGAUAACAUUACACCAUCCUGUCUCAAAUGAACAGGCCAAUACUGACCCACCACCUGCAUAUAAUGAUGUUAGAGCGGAUUCAAGAACUGUGCAAACUGGUAGACAAAUAAGUCGUUCGGUUCCUGGGCGAGGAAAUUCCCUGGGGCCUUUGUGAUGAAUUAUUUUUGUUGUUGAACACAUUUGUUAGAUAUUUUACCAAUGGCUUUUAAAAUAAUCCAUUAUCAUGUAAUUUAUAUUUGGAAUUAAGGUUUUGUUUUUGUUUGUAUCACUUUUAACUUUACACAAAUAACUCAUUACUAGACUUAAUGUGAUGCUAUUUACCCUGACAUUAUUCAAUGUUAUCCUUUUUAUAGAUGCAUGAAUCUAUUUUUAUAAAUUUUAUACAAAUGUUUAUAACUGUUUUUUCUCACUACUUAGUUAGGAGAGAUUUGGUUUAUUGUUAUUAACAAAGGAGCCUGUGGUGAAAUGGAUAGAAGAGGCUGCAAAUAUGCGGUAAAUUUGAAACGACAACUCUGUCUGAUAAUGCCAUAGACAUGAGUUAGGUGUUAUCUUGACUGGUAAUGUCAUUGACAACUGCUGAUUAUGUUAUUGACAACUGUCUGCUAUGAUCUUUAAAUUGAGUACAGAAAUAUACCUUCCAUUUUUUACUUUUUUCUUUUUUUUCAAGUAUAAAUUAUAAAAAAUUAUAUUCAAAAGAUCAGUUUCAAAGGUACAUAUGUUUUUUUAUUACUCUAUCAACUUUUUUUGUUAUGCAGUAUCACCCCCCCGUUUUUUUUUUUUUUUUAGGGUAAAAAAUAUCUCUAACUAAGAGGAACUCUUGAAAAAAGCGUCUUUAAUUUCCAUGAACAAAAAUUUAUUUUAUUUUUUUAUAAGGUAAACAUAUUUUAUUUUUUUUUAUUUUUUUUUUUUUUUUUUUUGUUAUUCAGUAUCUCCCCCCCUUUUUUUUUUUUUUUUUAGGGUAAAAAAUAUCUCUAACUAAGAGGAACUCUUGAAAAAAGCGUCUUUAAUUUCCAUGCACAAAAAUUUAUUUUAUUUUUUUAUAAGGUAAACAUAUUUUCUUCAUUAAUUUUUGUUACAUUUGGGACAUCGAAAAACUUGUAUGAUCGGGACUAACACCACAUUGGUUAUGAAGUGUUAGGACAUCAUUUUACUUAAGUCUCAUCUCACACGGGUUGUGAAGUGUUGUGACAUUAUUAUACCAUACUCUGGUCUCAGGUAUUAUAAAUGACAAGAAUAAUUGUUUUCUGUUUGUUUGUUAAUUAAAAAAAAUUCUUUGCCGCAAAGUGAAUCAUGUUUUUGAUACUGUAAAUAUAUAAGGUUACAUGAGAGCAUGAUGUUUAAAUUUAUCUCAUGCAACUCUGUAUGACAGCCAACCAGUAAUUUUAUUGUAAUUGACUAACUGCUAACUCUGGACACAAGCUGACUUUUUUUUUCAAGCACUGGCUUGCUUUUUUUUUUUGAAGUGCC